CAUCGUUCUAUAAGUAAAUUAGGAGAAAACAAAAUAUUCUUGAAAACUAAGUGAAAACUACUUUUCUACAUUUAAAAUCAGACACAAUCAACAAAUAAAAAAAUGUCAAACAACAAAGAUCGCGAUGAACCUGCUUUUUUAGCUCACCAAUGUUUCUUAAAAAAGGACUACACAGCGGCAUUACAACAUCUUAGCGACUUGGAAAACCUUGUGGGAACUUCGAAUAAAAGGGUUCAACACAACAAAGCCGUUGUAGAGUUUAUGGCUGGAGAGAUGAAGAAUGUGGAAAAAUUCAAAAAUGCCAUUACACAGUUAUCAGGGUUAAAUUAUUUGGACGUCGAAGUCAAGGAUAUGACUUCACCCUGUUUGUUGUAUAAUUACGCGGUUAUUCUGUUCCAUUCACGUUAUUAUUAUCAAUGUGUUGUCAUAUUAGAGAAAUUAUUAAGUUCUAAGAGCAUAAAAGAUGCGAGAUUACUACAGCAAAUUAUCUUACUUAUGUUAGAAGCAACAAUAUGUCGACGUACUUAUGAUAAGACUAUAGAAAUCGCCAAGAACCACGGCGAGCCAUUAAAAAUUAAUAAUGAAGUUAGUGAGUUAUUUGAAAGGAUUAUAUCACGUGCUCAAUUAUUAGUUGGCCAAAAAGUAAAAUUAAACCUUAAGCCUGAUUCCAUAGAGAACAUAUUUGUUAUAGCACAGCAACAUUACAUCAAUGGUAAUGUAAAGGAAGCAGCUAAUAUAUUGGGAUAUUACAAAACCUUAAAGUACAAUUAUGAUAUGAAAACUCAAGGUGAAGAAAUAUGGUCUGCCGUAAAUAAUAAUUUGGGUGUCAUAUAUUUAUCAAUUAAAAAACCAUAUUUAGCCUCAAAAUAUUUUCAGCACGCCAUAAAAGAACAUUUGAAAGCUAUGGAGUGUGAGGACAGUGAAAAAUUAAUAUCUUGUAAAGAUAGAUCACUUUAUGUGUACAAUUUGGGGUUAGCACUUUUAGGUACAAAUAAUUCAGAAGGUGCCUUUGAGUGCCUAGUUGAAGCUGCUAGACAUUUUCCUAAUAACCCACGAAUUUGGCUUCAUUUAGCUGAAUGCUGUGUAAAGAAAUGUUGCAGUGAAGAAGCUCAGCAAUACACAGUAAAGAAAUUGGGCAGUGGUCCCCACACACGAGUCUUACUCUCAAAAGAAAUAAAAGCAAGAUAUUCCACAUCUGGGGAAUCUUUUGCAAUACCAUCUUUAUCACUGGAAUUUGCUGCACUAUGUCUACGGAAUGCUAUGACUCUACUUCCCAACCAAGAACCUCCAACGGAUGUAACUGCAUCACUUAUACAAGUACCACCAGGUAUCCCAAUAACCUGGAAACAACGUAGCGAACUCAAGAACUCUGCCCUUGUUUUACAAAGUUAUGUAUUACUGCACUUGCAAGAUCCAUUAGCGGCUCUUGUCAGUGCUAAUGAGUUAUUAGCUCAACCAGACGCAUCUAGUAGUCAUAAAGCAUGGGCUCACAUAUAUGCAGCUGAAGCUCUCAUAAAUCUUGAUCGAAUAGCUGAUGCUGUGGAGCAUCUACAUCCACCAACAAUUCAUGACUUAGUUUCAGUACUGCCGUAUCAAAUGAGGGAUAUGAUUGCUGUGUCUGUGUGGGCUAAGGCUGCAGUGUGUCAUAUUUUAAGAGGGGAUCUAGUAACAGCAAAAAAGAUACUUUUACAAAUAAAUUCACCAAAAGUUCUACCUCUACAGAUGUAUUUAGAGAUUUGCACAGGUAAUAUAGACAAUUGUCACACAAUAUUGAGAAAGAUUAGAUACACAAAUCCCUCCAUUCAAUAAAAUUAAUUAUUGGCUUUUGUCUUUUGAAAGCGGUGUAGCAAAUUUUCUAUUUAUUUAAAAUCUUUCCUAUUAUAGAAAUGUUAACUUUUGUAACUAAAUAUUGAAAGAUAUUUUAAUUAAAAAACUUCAGUUAAA